ACAUGACGCGAAUAUGGCCUCCUGACUUGAUUUUGUCCUCUUUACAGCUGUGUCUUCUAGCUCUAAAACUCCCGUUUUUCAUCGAAUCUAGCACUUCGACCCUCCGAGCUACGGCCACACCGAAUAACUGACCAUGGCGGACCAAGCAUAUGUGACUCUGGCCACAAAUGACAACUAUGCCAAAGGAGCGAUGGUUCUGGGGAGGUCGCUACGCAACCAUAACACAACCAAACAACUGGUGGUUCUGAUUGGACCUCACGUAGCAGAGCCCUGCAGGGCCAUGCUGAGUAGCAUCUAUGACGAGGUGUGUGUGGUGGAUAUCUUGGACUCUGGUGACACGGCCCACCUGGCCCUGAUGAAGAGACCAGACCUCGGAGUGACCUUCACCAAGCUGCACUGCUGGACACUCACACACUACACCAAGUGUGUGUUUAUGGACGCAGACACACUGGUGUUGUCCAACAUUGAUGAGCUGUUUGAGAGGGAGGAGUUAUCUGCUGCGCCUGAUCCGGGUUGGCCAGAUUGUUUCAACUCGGGCGUGUUCGUCUUUAAACCGUCCAAUGAAACAUACCGCAGCCUUAUGACACACUGCACUGAGAACGGCAGCUUUGACGGUGGUGACCAAGGAGUUCUGAACAGUUUCUUCAAUACCUGGUCAACAGCAGACAUUUCCAAACACCUGCCUUUCAUCUACAACCUCAGCAGCAUCGCUAUAUACACCUAUCUACCAGCCUUCAAACAGUACGGUCAUGAGGCUAAGGUGGUCCACUUCCUGGGGAAGGUGAAGCCAUGGAACUACUCCUAUGACACCCAGACUGGGAAGGUCAAAGGUCACACCCUCACACCUGGCUCGAGUGACCUGCACCCUGACUUCCUGGUUCAGUGGUGGAACCUCUACUCCUCUGGGGUCGUACCUGCUCUCAGAGACUCAUAUGGAGAUGCACUGUUCUGCUCCGGCUGCACUGAGGAGGAGGUCUGUGACAGUGUGGUUGAGAUCAUCCUCCCCCCGCCUCCCCCUCAGGCGCCCCAGGUGUCCAGUGAGGAGAGGAGGCAGCGAUGGGAGGCGGGCCAGGCGGACUACAUGGGGGCCGACUCCUUCGAAAGCAUCCAGAGGAAACUAGACUGCUUCCUCAAGUAGAGGGACAGAGGGAUGACGGACGGAGAGGGCAUCCAUUGGCAGGCCUGAGAUGCGUCAGUCAGGGCGGGGCUCAACUGGCAUUCGACCAAUCAGAAGAGAAAGCGGUAGAGCAUGACGUAUUGAAAAGUCACAUCCUGGGCCUCUCUCUCUCUCUGUUUUUCUCUGUGUGUGUUGUGUGUGUGUUCGUGCUUCUGUGUGUGGCCUGGUUCUGCAGAAAAAAACCCUGCAGAGACUGGUCCAUUCAGUGUUUGAACACCAGUUUACUACACUAUGCAGCCCCCAUACCACCACCUCAGUGCAAAAGCCUUGGUCAGUAAGUAAUGACUCAGUAAUAACCUCACUGUGACUCUGCCUCACCAAGUCCCACCCAGACCCCAUGACUCUAACAGCUCUAACCCAGUUACUCAGUCAAACAUGAUAAUGACGGGCAGUCAUGCUUUUACUCUUUAAAGUAUUCAGAGAUGGGUCGGUAUGAAGUAUUUCCCUCUCUAAAAUGGAAUAACUGUUUUGUUUAUUAAAGUUUGCAUCCCAGUGGUUAUUUCUGCUCUCCAUAUGCGUGUUGUGCAUGGUUAUUUCUUUAUAUUAGGAUUAUUGUGACGGAAGCCUGUUUCUAAAGUGGAAAACCCACUGUAGUGCUUGUCAUUUCGCCAUGUCCUGUUUGAUGUCAUCAUUUCCUGUUGGGUUUCCUCACGUCCUGUGUAGUCUGACCAUUUGCCUUACCACUGUCAAAGACUCAUAUUACACAACUAGGCCUAUUCUAGUUGUCGCCGUUCUCUGUUUACAGAAAACACUUCUCUGCUGCUGCCAAACCCCCCCCCCCCCUUCACAUCUACUCCAUUCAGACCUACCUCUACGCUCCACUCAACCCCCCUACAGACUUACCUCUACGCUCCUCCAGCUCCACUCAACCCCCUACAGACUUACCUCCACGCUCCACUCUACUCCAUUCAACCCCCUACAGACUUACCUCCACUCUACUCCAUUCAACCCUCCUACAGACUUACCUCCACUCUACUCAACCCCCCUACAGACUUACCUCUACGCUCCACUACUCCAUUCAACCCCCUACAGACUUACCUCUACACUCCACUCUACUCCAUUCAACCCCCUACAGACUUACCUCUACACUCCACUCUACUCUCAACUUGACACCCCCCAUCUCCAACUCACCCCUCCUACAGCCCUACCUUGUCGACCCCCACCCUCCAACAUCAACACCCUGAUACCUCUUCCUCUCCCUGAAGUGUGUACCUUCAUCCCACCUUGUGGAUUUAAAAGGAAUGGACUGGUGUGAGGAAAAUCAUGUCAGAUAUUAUUUUGACAUGGUGAAAACUCAAGUCCAUGAUUAAUCCAAUGCUUUCACAUCCAUGAAGGGGACUGAGUGAGCAGGUCAAUUUCACACGGGGGCAUAAGGCCAGUAGGGAAUCCUAACACACAAAGCCUAAAAUGAUAUAGUAACUAAUGGGACGUUGUAGUUUUGUGGUCCCUCUUAAUACACCCACAAACGGCUCUAUAGAGAAGUUUCCAAACACUGUGAAACCUUGUGUUUUGAACACACCCCGGUAGUUCUCACUGUUUCUGUUUUCUGUAGACACCUAAUAAAGGACUGUUGAAGUCUC